UAUUCAUGAGCCAUUCUUGCAUAUGCCGUGUGAACAAAUUGUAUAAUGAGGUUCAAUGGGUCACGACACGGCGCGGAAGAUAGUGUUGUGAUUUGCUUGAACAAAGACCCAUAAACAUUGCGCGUGUUUUGGUUAAAACAUGCAAGUCGAACUUCAAGGAUAUUACUAACACAAAAGAUUCACAGUUUGUUACAAUUUUCUCACAAAAUGAUCUUGAAUAACUGUAGUUUCAGAUACCGAGUGAACAAAUUGUGCGGAGUACUUCAAAUGAGCAUUAUACAGUGAUUUAAAAAUGACAAAGCAUUCUCGGCAUCGAAUUCUACACGCCUAUCUCUGUUCCAUCGUUGGCGGCGCCCUAAGUGAGACAAUCAGCUCCAUAUGUUAUUCUAGAACAGAUAUUCCCAACAUUAACAGGAAACUCACGAUUAACGUUCAGUUUCAGUAUCGACAGACGUGUGUUACCUGAACCAGUCCGUGUACAAUAGGAUACAACAAAUCGUGCACUAAGUUUUACUGGUAGGACGGUUGAAAGUCACCGAUUCCAGACAGUAGCGAUGGCGAAAUGGGUGGGACGCGCCGGCAGCACGGGUAGAUAUUGCGGCCUCUCAUUGUGGAUUUUCCGUGCAUGUACAUGUAGUCGGAUAUCGCGGAGCCGUAUCUGCGGACUUGCUUUUCUUAUAUCUGUGGUUUCGUUCGCUGCUACCAUUUGGGUUUUUCUGGGCGGUUUUCACGCAACUGAGACCAGGCAGGAACAUGUCUACAGUCAGGAGUUGAGACUAGCUACCGGUAGACCUACUCAACCCAGGGUGAAUACUGCCUCUUCUCAUCGUAACACAUCGAGACCUUUUGUUGAGAAAUACCGCCAUAAUUACAGCAACAACGCUACAGAGUUUUUCCGUCACCUCAAAGGAGUAAUAGAACAGGGCCGGGGUAGGAAACCAAGUGCGAAGAAAAAACGUGAAUUCAGUGUCGAACUUCGGCGGGAGUUGGGAGAUGCAGGUAACAUUGGUGUUUUCUCGCUGACUAAGAAUAACGCCCAGGUGGGAACAACGAUGCGCUUUUCCAUUGUUGGAGCUAAUCGUAGCAUUUCUCAAACCCUCUGGAAUUACUUGCCAGAGGAUGCGAACUUCAAAUCAGGCCAGUUUCAGAGCUGCAGCGUGGUAGGAUCAAGCGGCAUCCUGAGAGGAUCCGGGUGUGGGAAGGAGAUCGACCGAUCGCAGUAUGUUGUGAGGUUCAAUAUCGCCCCGGUGAAGGGAUUUGAGACAGACGUUGGAAGCAAGACAAAUUUUACCACCUUGAAUCCUAGCUAUGUAAAAUACUGGUUGAAUGGGUUCAAGAAACAAUCCGACCGUUCACAAUUCGGCGCCAUUCUCAAACAGUUCAAAGGCAGCAAACUGUGGCUACCAGCGUUUGGCAAUUCGAGAUUCUUUCGUGUCAUGCAGUUAACCGCUGCUGCUGCCUUCGAUUCCAAGAUGGUCCAGCCGCUAAUUGGGCAUCCCGAACACCACCACUCCGUCAUCAACCUUUGGCACAAGAUGGCAAUGAAACGUGCGCUGCCAACAACGGGUAUGUACUUCAUCUUAUCCCUCUUCGAUGUCUGUGAUCAAAUCAACGUCUUCGGUUUCUGGCCGUACGAGAAAGCGAUCAACGGAAGUGAAGUUCCCUACCACUACCACAAUCCCUCAUUCGGAAAAACAGUACACGAUUUUGACACGGAGUUCAAGACCUUGGUCAAUCUGUACGAACAGGGUAUCAUCAAGAUGCAUUUAGGUUCUUGUUUGGAGAUUUCAUAAGUUCCCUCGUCAAGGUAGCGCAUGCUGGGUUACUCUGCAUUUAAAGUCUCAGUUGGCAAACGAACCUUAAAAUGAGGAUUCUCCUGUCAUUCAAAAAAUCUUGUGUAAUUUUCUGGAAAAUAUGCUUUUUUGAAUAGCGCCUCGUAGUGUCACAGUCAGACUAUACCAAACGGUAGACCCAGAGAGGGGGGAACGGGGGCCAUGGAACCCUUCCCCCAAAAACGAAACCCAUUUUUUUUUAAAGUGGCGUCGCAAUAAAGGCUGGCACUGCGUACACCACCAUCU